CCACGUAAGCAGUGCCACGUCAGCAGUGCCACGUCAGCAACAGUGCCCCGCCACCAUGACGGGCUCACUUCUGGGCAUGCCAGGCCAACUGGCAAAUGAAUCCAUUGCCGAAUACCGACAACGGUUCGAAAAUCAGUUCGCACUAAUCGCGGCUGAGGAACAACGCCAGCUGGCAGCCAAGGCUGCCCAGCUACAGGCUGACGAAGCGGCUGCAGCAGAGAAGCUCCGGCUACAGGCCGAAGCAGACGCAGAAGCCCAGGCUCGCCGCAAGGAAGCCCAGAACCUGCUGCAGCGACAUGAAGCAGCCAGCGUUGACAGACUCAAAUUCUGGCACUUUGAACCCAACGGCAACGACGCGACACCGGAAGAGCAGCAUAAGGAGUUUCUCUCCAAACUCGUGACACGGCUGGUGUACGCUUGCAACUACCAACAGUCCGAGUUGGAGAAACAAUACCAGGACCUGAAGCAACAGCAUCAAGAGUUGGCAAAGCUCCCCCGCACAGUGCAGGGCCACGAGGAUGCAACUCGGGCACUCAAUGCUCGAAUGCUGGACCUGGAACAGGCUGUACCAGGACCAGCUGCUGGGGCUUCCAGCAGUGCAUCCUCUAGCCGCCAACUGGAGGAACGCGUUGACCACGUGGUGACAAUACUCGGCGACAUCAGUACUUUCGCUGCGCCGGCCAGCAUCCGCAGUCAGCUGCAUACCUUGAAGACCGAGUUCCAGCAGCUGCAGUCGACGAACACGGAUGACAAUCCUAAGAUGUACAAGAUGCUAACUUUCCAACUGGAAAAGUUCAACGACUACACGCAGCAGGAUCCGGUCCUCUGGUGGGAAGCAUUCACAACACAACUCAGGAUUAUGCCCGUCGCCAAGCACGCGUACAUUGGUGCCCUGUUUCUGAACUCAAAGGGCGGAUGCCAGACCUGGCUGAGCCACCUGGCAACCUCUCACAGCGUCGAUGUACCAGACUUGAAGGACAAGAUCACAUGGGAGGAACUGACACGGCUGUGGAAGAAACGGUUCAUCGUCGACGACGCGCCGGCACUCGCCAUCAACCGUCUGUUCACCAUGUCACAGGGCAACACAGCAACACGGGACUGGCUCACGGAGUGGCAGAAGAUUGCGGCAGUGCCCAAUCUGGACUUGCUGUUCAUACAUCUCAGACGUGAGUUCUACAAUAGGUCCUGUGCGGCAUUGAGCCAGGCUCUUGGUGAUCACGAGCAGUACUCAACCUUCGCGGAGAUCAUUGACAAAGCAAGGGAGAUCAUCAAGACCAACAGGCCAGCCGCACACGAGAAGUCAACAUGGCAGCCGACCUAUGUGGAGAAGGUACGAACUGGUCCGCGACAGCAGCACUUCGCUGCAGUCCAGUCGGACAGUGGAGAUAACCCAGCAGCCACUCUAGCAUCAAGUGACGGAGAUCAGGUGGAUGUUGUCCAGCCGCGAAGCACCAACAAGUCCCGCAACAAUGGGAAGACGAAAUCAGCAUCGCAGGCCGGAAAUGGACAGCCAGUACAAGUCCCAUGGGUCAAGUUCGGCUUGAUCGAGGCGGAGUACAAGGUCCGCGGCCGCUACGGCAGCUGCUAUUGGUGCAACAGCACCAAGCACAAGACCUCCCUGUGCCAGGAUCAGGGCAAGGAGGAUGUGCGACCCCGCCUCMGCUCGGGAAACUGAGCUCCGCGGAAGGUGAGGCGACUCCACCUUCUACUCCGCCGGAUUCGGCC